CGGGCACACAGGAGGGCGCACACACAAGGGCGUCAGUCAACACCAAGUGGCCGUCACGACUAUAUAAGACGGCGGAGGAAGCUUUAUCGCCACCAAUCCCUCAGCAGGACCUCCAGCACCAUGAAGCUCGUCAUCAUCGCUGCCCUGGCCGCCGCGGCCAUCGCUGCCCCACAGUACACCAUCCCAGAGCCCAAGUCUACUUACGGAUCCCCCGCCGCGUCAACCAGAGACGACUCCUAUGAGAUGGUGGAGGUGGUGCCCAUCCUGAGGGACGACCGCGUCAUGGAGGAGGACGGCCGCUAUUCCUUGGACGUGGAGACCGGCAACGGCAUCACCCUUUCCCAGUCCGGAACCCCUGAAGGCCCUGAUGGCUCUGUCAUUAAGGCAGGAAGCUACUCCUACACCGCCCCUGACGGCACCCUGGUCGAACUGAAGUUCGUGGCUGAUGAGAACGGUUUCCAGCCCGAAUCCCCCCUGCUUCCCGUGGCUCCAGAGUUCCCGCACCCCAUUCCUCAGUUCGUGCUGGACCAGAUCGCCUUUGCUGCCGAGGAGGACGCCGCCCGCGCCCGCGCCGAGGCGUCAGAAGUUCAAUCCUAUUCUAAGCCAGCACCUUCCCCUUCCCUCAAGUAUGGCAAUCCUCAGUGACGAGGCACCGCACCGGCACACCUGAAUCUCGCAACCACCUGAUGUAAAUGUACAGUAUUUAUUUUCUUAUCUGACAAACUGUAUGCAUGUUAUGUACAAGACUAAUAAUUAUUAUGAAUGAACGUAUGGCAUCUUCUAUUGUCGUUUUGUUAUCGAGUGAUCUCCAUUCCCCGUUUCCUCCCUCCCUUUACCUUCACAAAACUGCCUUGCUUGCAGAGCAUCAAAGGGUAUUACCUAAAAUUACAUUAUUGAUGCACUUC